AUGUCUGUCGUGGAUUCGAGGUUGGGAUCGGGAGGGGGUCAUCCUAUCCCGGGUCACUUUCAGAUGGUGAUCAACAGACCUGAAGACCGAUACAUGAUAGGGUUUCCAGAUGGCACGCUCCUCGGAGAAGCUAAUGCUCUAUUAGAAGAAGCCCUUCACAGGAUGGAGGAGCAAAGGUAUCAUGUUGACCUGGAGGUGUUCGCUCCAAUAAGACCAAUUCGAGAAACUAUCUCUAGGGCUACAAAGGAGAAAGAGGCUGUUGUCAGAGUCAACAUGAAUAUCUACGGUCCCCGUACCGUUGCACGUGAUAUUGGUGCAAUUCUUUCCGCGAAGAAGAUAUAUCUCCAACGGCCUGAUUAUGUUAAGCCAGGAUUGGCUUACGAUAACCCUCAUAUUCUAAAGCUUGGAAACGUUCAACAGCCCUUCAAUGGUCAGGAGGUUGAGCUACAUACAGAGAAACAGCCUGAAAGCGAAGUCGCAAAGGCCGAGGCCUUUCAAAAGACUAUCAAUACCAUCUACUCUUCGCUCACACGUGGCCAAAAUCUUACCGGCCUGGAGGGCGAUGAUCGCCUUAGGACUCAGCUCUUGCCCCAUCAGAAGCAAGCACUGGACUUCAUGUCGCAGCGAGAGAAUGGCCCAAUACCCGAGAAUUUCCGACUCUGGAUGCCCAGCGAACAAGACGGGACACCGUGUCACCGCCACGUCAUAACAAACAAUACAUCCCUGUCCGAAUAUCCAGAAACUGGAGGCGGAAUCCUCGCUGACGAGAUGGGGAUGGGUAAAAGCUUGAGCAUUCUAUCUUUGAUGUUGCGCACUCUUGGCGAAGGUCACAAGUGGGCAUCUGAACACGACAAUACACUAGGUAACGGCCCUAACCAUUAUAAGCCGCGUCGACGCUCACGAGCCACGUUGAUUAUUGCCUCCUCGGACCUCAUGAUCAACGAAUGGUUCCAAGAAAUGAAGAUCCAUUUCAGAGAAGAGAUCUAUGGUGCUCUUCGAACCAUCAAAUAUCACGGCACAAACCGUGAGUCAAACCUCGAAGCCUUAUGUGAGUCUGAUAUUGUUGUUACUACGUAUCAUACCCUCUAUGUGGAUUCCUCCCGAGGCAAGCAUCCAUUGCGCAACAUUGAAUGGUACAGACUGGUCCUCGAUGAGGCGCACAUCAUCCGCCGGCUCUCAACAGUGUUUUAUCGUACGGUUGCCGAGCUGAAAGCUCGCUCUCGGUGGUGUUUAACAGGCACUCCAAUACAGAAUCGGUUAGAAGACAUCGGUUCCUUGUUCGCUUUUAUCCGUAUCAUUCCGUUCAACAACCCAUCGAACUUUCGGAAGUACAUCUGUCUGCCUUUUGAUGAAGGCGGCAAACGCCGCGAUCUUGCGAUUGAACGAUUCACUCGACUGCUUGAUUCCCUCUGUUUGAGAAGAACGAAGGAUUUGCUACAUUUGCCUGAACAGCAUGCUCGAGUGCGCAAGCUCGAGUUUUCACCUGAAGAGAGGAUGCAAUACGAACAGACGAAGAAGAUUAUGCUCCGGGCUGCGAAGAACCAGGUAGGGGGGUUCGACCAGAAAAGCACGCUCGGCCUGUUCCAAGUCCAACUACAGUUGCGGAUCUUGUGCAAUCACGGCACGUAUCAGCAGCCUUUCUCGUGGAACAGAAGGAAGAUGCACUUGUUGGACGAAAGAGAAGCCAUGGAAGCGUCACUUGGAAGGGAUGGCGAGGUCACUUGCUCAGCUUGCAAGCAGACCAUGCCACUGAUUGGAGCCGGCUCGAUGUUCCGACGUUUUGACGAGCAUUGCCGCCAUGUUCUCUGUUCCGAAUGCAUGGAGGAGAGUAUGCCGGAUGUACAACCGGGCAUUGCCACAAGCUGUCCUUUAUGUUCAUCCCUUUGGAAGAUGAAUGCCCGUUCCGCUAAUAGCACACAUUCUCACGAAGAUGACAAGUACUUCCGUGCUCAAGGCAGAUCAUCUAAGAUAGAAUCAUUGAUGAUGGAUGUGCAGGUCGAUAUCUGGUCGUCGAAGAGGUAG